CACGUGCAGUAGUCAUGGUUCAAGACGCACAGAGGUUUAUCAUAACUCCAGCAGCGGGGUGAGGAUGACUCGGAAGCCUCUGCAAGAUCCUGGAACAGAAACUACGUUAAAUAAUGUAUUCUGAGGUAUACUGGAUACCUAAGGAAGGGCUCUAAAUAAUGCAUUUUCUGGGCAUGACAGUUGUAGCAGGAGAGAAUGCUGAAACCUGUAGCAAGACUACAGCCUGAGAUGAAAGAAUGUCUCAUUACCAUUUUAUCAAAUGCUGCUGUUUCCAGCUAUGUAAUGUUUUUCGGUCCCAUGAGAUGGAAAUUGAGCAGUGCUUGCUGGAGUCCCUCCCUCUCGGCCAGCGGCAGCGGCUGGUGAAGCGGAUGCGCUGUGACCAAAUAAAGGCAUAUUACGAACGUGAAAAAGCUUUCCAGAAACGGGAGGGCUACGUGAAAAAACUGAAACAUGGAAAGAAUCAUCGAGUUCGUUUUAAUCUCGCUGAUAUGAUACAGGAUGCAAUCAUACGUCAUGAUGAUAAAGAAGUGCUACGGCUGUUGAAGGAUGGUACUGACCCUCAUACACUAGUUUCCUCAGGAGGCUCCUUGCUCCAUCUGUGUGCACGCUACGAUAAUGCCUUUGCUGCAGAAAUUCUAAUUGACAGAGGAGUAAAUGUAAAUCAUCAAGAUGAGGAUUUUUGGACAUCAAUGCAUGUAGCCUGUGCCUGUGAUAAUCCUGAUAUUGUCCUGCUACUGCUACUAGCUGGAGCAAAUGUGCUGCUGCAAGAUGUUAAUGGAAACAUUGCACUUGAUUAUGCCAUAGAAGGAACUGAGUCUAGCAGCAUCCUUCUGAUGUACUUAGAAGAAAAUGGUGUGGAGCUGAAUUCGUUGCGCCAAAUGAAGAUACAGAGACCUAUGACAAUGCUCACAGAUGUCCGACAGCUCAUAUCAAGUGGAGGAAGCGUAAAUCAAAAGAAUGAUGAAGGAGUUACCCUGCUGCACGUGGCCUGUGCUAAUGGAUACAAGAAUGUUGCAUCUCUGAUCCUGGAUCAUGGAGCUGAUCUCAAUGUAGUGGAUAACCAGUACUGGACACCUCUACAUUUAGCUGCAAAGUAUGGACAGACCAACCUUGUGAAGCUGCUUUUGAUGCACUGGGCGAAUCCCAAUCUUCUUAACUGCAACAAUGAAAAGCCUUCAGAUGUUGCAGCUUCUGAGUUUAUUGAGGAAAUGCUUCUGAAAGCUGAAAUUGUUUGGGAGGAAAAAAUGAAAGACCCUUUGACUGUUUCUACUUUAUCUCAAGAAGAGCCAUAUGAAGAGAUCAUCCAUGAUCUGCCCAGAAUUUCCAAUAAACUCAAUCCCCUGGCUUUACCGAUUGCCAAGCGAGACAGUUUGCUGGAGAAAGACACCAUGUUUAAAGAUGCAGCUAAAGGUUUGUGUAAGCAGCAAUCUCAAGACAAUGCAUCUGAAAAUGUCACUGUGAACACUACAACCAAACUUGAACAGGUCAAGCUAAUGCCUCCAGCUCCAAAUGAUGACCUGGCUUCUCUGAGUGAGCUAACAGACAGCAGGCUGCUUUAUGAGAUUCAGAAGCGUUUCAAUAAUAAUCAGAUAUAUACCUACAUUGGUGAUAUACUGUUGCUUGUUAACCCAUUUAAAGAACUUCCUAUUUAUUCUACCAUGGUCACCCAGCUUUAUUUAAGUAACUCUGGAAAAUUGUGUUCCUCACUUCCCCCACAUAUAUUUUCCUGUGCUGAAAGAGCUUACCACAUGCUAUUCCAGGAGCAGCGUCCCCAGUGCUUUAUCCUCAGUGGAGAAAGUGGUUCUGGAAAGACUGAAGCCUGCAAACAGAUCGUGAAGCACCUCACUUGCAGAGCCAGUUCCAGCAGAAAUGCCUUUGAUACAAAGAUAAAACAUGUAAACUGUGUCUUGGAGGCCUUUGGGCAUGCUAAGACACCCUUGAAUGAUUUUUCCAGCUGUUUUAUAAAAUAUUUUGAGCUACAGUUUUGUGAGAAGAAAAAAACAUUAAUUGCAGCUAGGAUUUAUACAUACAUGUUGGAGAAGUCUCGUGUCAUUAUGCAGCCUCUCAACCAGAGUAAUUUUCAUGUUUUUUACUUGAUGAUGGAUGGGCUGUCUGCUGAAGAAAAAUACACCCUGUACCUCAGUAAUUUGUCUGCACACAGGUACCUAAGCCAGACCGUACUGGAGGAGACGAUGUUAACAGCCAACCCUCAAAACAGGGAGAAAUUAGCUGUACUAAAACAAGCUCUAGGUGCUAUGGGAUUCAAUAGCCUGGAGGUGGAGAACCUGUUUGUAAUUCUCUCAGCGAUUCUGCAUCUCGGAGACAUUCGCUUUACAGCUCUGACAGACGCUGAGACAGCAUUUGUGUCAGAUCUGCAGCUACUGGAACAAGUGGCAGGGAUGCUGCAGGUUUCACCAGAUGAGCUUGCUUCAGCCUUAACAACUGAUGUUCAGUAUUUUAAAGGAGACAUGAUUGUACGGAGGCACACAAUAGAGAUUGCAGAAUUUUACCGGGAUCUCUUGGCAAAAUCUCUAUAUGGUCGUUUAUUUAGCUUUUUAGUCAACACAAUCAACUGCUACCUUCAAAAUCAAGAUGACACUGCCAGUGACCAGGUAUUUGAAAUUGGAGUACUGGACAUUUUUGGAUUUGAAGAAUUUCAAAAGAACACUUUUGAACAGCUGUGUGUCAACAUGACCAAUGAGAAGAUACACCAGUACAUCAAUGAAGUGCUUUUCCUACAAGAGCAAGCAGAAUGUGUACAAGAGGGAGUUACUAUGGAAACGGUGUAUUCUCCUGGUAACCACACUGCAGCCUUGGAUUUUUUCUUUCAGAAACCGUCAGGGUUUUUGUCAAUGCUGGAUGAAGAAAGCCAAUCUAAUUGGUCAGUAGAACAGAGUCUUUCUAAACGCAUUCAAUCUUACUUGGAUACAUCAGACACAAAUACAGUAUAUUCCUCCACAAAAGAUGGAAAUGGUAACCUUGCCCCAAAGGAUCAGGGCUCCACCUUCACUGUUAUGCAUUAUGCUGGGAGGGUUACUUAUGAAAUUGCUGGUGCGAUAGAAAAAAAUAAAGAUUCCCUUUCACAAAAUCUCAUAUUUGUAAUGAAAACCAGUGAAAAUGUAGUCAUCAAUCAAUUGUUCCAGUCCAAGCUGACACAAACUGGAUCACUUGUUCCUCCAUAUAAUUCCCUUAAAAUCAAAGGGUGUAAAGCAGCUUUGCUGACUAAAAAACCAUCAGGAGCCUGUGCAAGUGGAGAAGCAAAAAAAUAUAUUGAGCUCAGCAAGUUGUUGAAAAAGAAAGGAACAUCUUCAUUUCUUCAGAGACUGGAACGAGGUGGCCCAACCACUGUGGCAAUACAGCUCAGGAAAUCACUCACAGAUAUUAUUGGGAAGCUGCAGAACUGCACGCCACAUUCCGUUCAUUGCAUAAAGCCUAAUAACUCCAAGUUGCCAGAUACUUUUGACAAUUUUUAUGUGUCUGCUCAACUGCAGUAUAUUGGUGUCCUAGACAUGGUCAAAAUCAUACGACAUGGAUAUCCAAUACGUCUCUCUUUCACAGACUUCUUGUCAAGGUAUAAAGACUUGGCUGAUACAGCUGCAGGAGAGAAGAAGAAAUUGUCUGCCAAGGAGAGAUGUCGUCUUGUUCUUCAGCAGUGUAAAUUACAAGGCUGGCAGAUAGGAGUCCGAAAAGUGUUUCUUAAGUACUGGCAAGCUGACCAUCUCAACGAUUUGUGCCUUCAGCUUCAGAAGAAAAUUAUAACCUGCCAAAAAGUUGUACGAGGAUUUCUAGCUCGUCAGCGCUUGCUACAGAAGAUGAGCAUCAAACAGCAAGAGGUCACCUCAAUCAAAAGCUUCUUGCAGAAUGCUGAGGAUAUGGGUUUGAAAACAUAUGAUGCCUUGGUCAUUCAAAAUGCUUCUGACAUUGCCCGGGAAAAUGACCGGCUCCGCAAUGAGAUGAACGCUGCUUACCACAGGGAAAAGUUAGAGGCUAGAAACAGACCAGAAGAAGGCCACAAAAGGUAAGAUGACUUUGCCGGCUGUCGAACGCCGAAGCACUUUCAUUCCAGCUCCGUCCCUGUCCCCAUGGCAGUGGACGGCUUGGUACAUUCUGCGGCUGGGUCAUCCAUCAGAUCCCCCUCCCUGCACUCUGUGUUCAGCAUGGACGAUAGCAAUAGCCUGCCAUCACCAAGGAAACAGCCUCCUCCCAAACCAAAGAGGGACCCCAACACACGACUGAGUGCCUCGUAUGAGGCUGUUAGUGCUUGCUUGUCGGCAGCUUCUAAGGAAGCCGCUAAUGAAGUACUGACCCGUCCAAGGCCACACAGUGAUGACUACAGUACCAUGAAAAAAAUACCUCCCAGAAAACCAAAACGAAGUCCCAAUACAAAACUUAGUGGCUCUUAUGAAGAAAUACCUGGCCAGAAGCCUGGGGAUGUAAAACAGGCAAGCACUGUAGCUAAACCAGGCGGCUAUGACACUGUGACAGUACAGAGGGCAGCUUCUGCUGAUGGGCCACAACAUGGCGUGUUGAGUCUCUAUAUGUCACAAGAAGAGGAGGAAAAUGAGCCAGUCUACAUUGAAAUGGUAGGGAAUGCAAUGAAAAGCAAUUCUGCUGAAGCAGAAAGCCCAGAACAAGGAGAGUCUGUAUAUGAAGAAAUGAAGUAUUUUCUACCAGAAGAAGGAAGCAAUGGUAGUGGAAUAAUUCCAGUAGUGACUGGAUCUCCUCCUGUGUUGUUUGAAAGCAAAAAAAAUGUUAACGUUGAAGAUGGAACAUUGGAUGGAAACAGUCAAGCAGCUUUGAUCUACAAAGACUCAUGUGACAUUCCAGCCCCUUUCCCUAACUUGCUCCCCCACAGACCACCACUUCUUGUGUUUCCUCCCACCCCUGUCACAUGUUCACCUGCUUCUGAUGAAUCACCUCUAACACCACUAGAAGUCAAAAAGCUUCCUGUCUUGGAAACCAACCUAAAAUACCCUGUGCAGUCAGAAGGCUCAAGUCCAUUAUCACCACAGUACUCCAAAAGCCAGAAAGGGGAGAAUGAAAGGCCAGCAUCUCCAGGCUUGGUUGUGUUCAAUGUUUCCAGCAAAGUGACUCCUCCUUCCACACCACCUCCUCCUCUCCCACCCCCCCCUCCUGUACCACCUCCUAUUUCUUACCGGGCUUCCACACAUUUUGCAUUUCCUCCAGAGACUUGUUCUAGUUUUCUGACUAAUACAGGGAAACCAGGUACAAACUCAGACCUGUCAAAAGUACCUCAGAGACCAAGUCCUGCUCAGCUUGGAUGCUCAUCUUCUCCAUUCUCCAAACUGCCUUACUCUCCAAAGGUGGCAAGAGCAGAUCACAGGAAAUUGAACUCAAAUUCAUCAUCUUCAUUUCCAUACAGCCCUACAAACUCAAGGUCAUUGACCAGUCCCCUUGAUGAGUUAACUAGCUUGUUCAACUCAGGACGGAGUGUGCUACGAAAAUCUGCAGCAGGACGUAAGAUCAGGGAGCCAGAAGGUGCUGAAACUAAUCUGAACUUGAGGAGCAGGGAAGAUCCAAAUACAUCAGAUAUUGGAUCAGAAACCCAGGAUAAAAAUGCAAAUAACCAUGGAACUCAGUCAUCUAAUCCACUGUCCAGUUCUGUGACUGCUGAAAAUGGAAAUUCAGUAUCAAAUGGUUUACCAGAGGAAAAUGAAUAUUCAAGACUGUCGGCCAGUACUACGGCAGGCUCAUCGAUUCAAAGGCAUAGGGAGAGCCACACUAGUCAGGUUAUUCAUCAGCUUAGACUUUCAGAGAAUGAGAGCGUGGCUCUGCAAGAGCUUCUAGAUUGGAGGAGAAAGCUGUGUGAAGAGAGAGAUGACUGGCAGCAAAUCUUGCACAACACGGAGCAAAGGAUCGCAGCCCCACCUCCGCCCCCUUGUAAAAAGCCAACACUACUGAAGAAAGUAGAAGAUACCUCCUGCAACAGACUCUCUUCAGGCAUAUGGGAUACCACCAUGUGAUUCAGAUGUGUGUGUUUGCAGACUUUUAGGAAUGAAACCAUGUGAUGACUUCAAUCUGCACAAUCAGCAAGUUUUUCUUCCCUUCACAAAGCGUGCAGGGAUUUUUUAUAAGCACUCAUUCAAGAGCACAGGAUGGAGGAGCUAUUUAGAUCUGUCAUGUGUGCAUGUGCAUGUGUGUGUUUGUUUUGUUCAUAUAUAUACACCCAUACAUAUAUGUGUGCAUCUGUAAAUAUAUAUAUGUAUGCGUGUCUAUAUAUAUGGAGACAAACUGCACUAUAAGUACUUAAUUUAAAAGUACAAGACAGUCACUUAGAGUUCUCUCAUGGACAAUGAAGAAACUAUGUUAAGCAUAUGAUGGGGAGAAGUGACUGACAGGCAUUUUAGAGAGAUCAGGAAAGUCUGUGUGCACACUGUACAGCUGUUUUAUAUAGUACACAAAUAUGAUGUUUCUUGUUCCC